CCCGAAACAAACCAAGAGGCUGGGAUCUAAGCAGCGUAGAAGUCAAAAUGGCCGACGUACCUAAGUUUGUCAAGGAUGCAAUUUACGGAUCCAGUGAACCUAUGCCUCAAGGCUCGGAAGAAGUAAGAGGUUAUGACUUCAGUAAUGGAGUGAAUUAUCAUGCCUUACUCGAGUCGUACAGGACCACUGGAUUUCAGGCCAGCAACUUUGGAAAAGCUGUGGUAGAAGUAAAUAACAUGAUAAAAAAGAAGUUGGAACCUCUUCCACAGCCUGAAGAUGGCCUGUCAAACUAUGAUUAUCUUGAUCCUGGUCAGCGCCCAAUCAAUAAUUGCACAAUUUUCCUUGGAUUUACAUCUAACAUGAUUUCAAGUGGUGUACGAGAAACAAUUAAAUAUCUUGUCAAAAACAACAUGGUUGACUGUAUUGUUACAACAGCUGGUGGUAUAGAAGAGGAUCUCAUGAAAUGUAUAGCUCCAUCAUACCUUGGUGACUUCUCACUGCGAGGUGCUGAACUGAGGAAAAAAGGCAUAAACAGAAUUGGGAAUUUGCUUGUACCAAACAACAAUUACUGUAGACUAGAGGAGUGGAUUUUACCCCUGUGGGAUAAGAUGCUUGAAGAACAAAAAACACAGGGUGUGAGAUGGACUCCAUCCAAAGUAAUUUCAAGAUUAGGCAAAGAAAUAAAUCACACAGAUUCAGUCUGUUAUUGGGCUUACAAGAAUAAUAUCCCAAUUUUCAACCCGGCACUAACAGAUGGAGCACUGGGAGAUACACUAUACUUUCACUCAGUGAAAAAUCCUGGUUUGGUUAUUGAUAUUGUAGAAGACAUAAGGAAAAUGAACAAUACAUCAAUAUAUGCCAAAAAUACAGGAAUGAUCAUUUUAGGAGGUGGUCUAAUAAAGCAUCAUAUCUGCAACGCCAAUCUAAUGUUGUCGGGUCUUCCACUGGGUAACGUUGUUUGUGUCUCAGCAACUUCCCGUCGCUCAGAGACACAACACUUUUCGCAACAGAUGAGUAGUUCCAAGGAUGGCCGAUAAUUGAACACUGCCAAGGAAGUCAGGUACACCUAACUUGCCAAACCAGGCCU